AUGCGUUCUUUCCUUGAACGGUCGCGUGUCUCUCACCUCCACACUUUCACCUAACUUUCAUGAAGACUUUUCUAGGUUUCUUCUCACAUAUUGUACUUUAAAAGAGAAGAGGAAGAGGAAGAGGAAGAGGAAGAGGAAGGGGAAGGGGGAGUGAGGAAUUUCCGAUUCCCUAGUAAAAGAAUGUUGCAAUCACCCUCGCUCGUCCACAAUUAUGAGUCUCCUUUUUGGCAAGAAUUAAAUUAGUAUCCAAACGACACGUCUCACACGCGAUUCCGAUAAUGACAUCACAUUAAGAUUUUUUCUCCCAUUUUCCCUUUGGAACUCAAGACACCCAACCCCAUUACCAGCCCUCUCUCUCUCUCUCUCUCUCUAAAGUUAUGGCGAGCAACAGCGACGGAGCUCACGCUGCACCGCCAUCACAGCCUGGCCUCGUGUGCUGCAUGUGUGGGGAUUAUGGUCUUUCACGCGAGCUCUUCAGAUGCAGGGUCUGCCACUUCAGAUCUCAACACAGAUACUGUAGCAAUCUGUACCCAAAAGCUGAGUCGUACAGAGUCUGCAAUUGGUGCCUGAUUCAGAAACAGGACUUCGUGGACAAAACGCAGAGCUCUCCCAAUUCCUCGUCUUCGCACCGACACAGCAGCGAAGACGACGUGGCCGUCGCCGGCGGCAAGAGCAAGAAAAGGAUUAUGAAUGGCAACGGGGAUAAUUGCAGUAAUGGUAAUCAUAGUAUUGGUAUUAUUCAUGGGGUUUCGGUAAAGGGACAGAGAGGUACUCUGCAGCCGAUGCAUCUUAACGGCCCAAUCAAGAAACAGAGGCCGCCGGACGGGUCGUCGCUGGCCGGCCAGAAGCGGAUCGUAACGAACGGAUGCAAGGAGGAGGAGAAGCUGAGGAGGACGAAAUCAGAGGAGAUGCCGAAUGGUAAUAACGGGGUUGCGAUUACAAAGCAGGUUUUUAGAAAUAAGGUAAGAAGAUACAAGCUUUUGGACGAGGUUUCAAGCUAAAUUAAUAUCAGAAUAAAGGAUAUAUGCAUCGUUGAAUGUUGAUUUCUUCGUGCAUAUGAUGUUUAAUGUAAGAUUUUGUUUCUUCUUCCUUUUUAAAAAAAAAUAAUCUAUGUAUAGAUAAGAUAGAGCAUAUGAAGGAGAGGAUGAUUUCCUGCACAGACCAUUUUCGAUGUGAGAAAUUGUUCUCUUUUUCUUUUUCAUUCCUUUUUCUGUUUGGCGCAAAGGAAUUGGGUUGAAUGGCGGAUCUUGUUGAUUUUGUUUUCUAUUCCAGUCACUUUAGAUUCCAAAUGUAAUGUCACGAAAAUCUGCAAGAAAUAUUGGUGGAAUAUCAGAACUUAUGGUAAGAAUAUAUGUAGUUAUCUGCUCA